UGUGCAGCGACGGCGCCGCGCGGACCGGUCAGCGCCCACGAUGCUGACCGUGCAGCAGGGCCCACUGCUGGGCCUCCUGCUCGGAGGCCUCCUGGGGACCCUCCACGCCCAGCAGCAGGAGGUUAUCUUGCCUGAGACCUCCACCUCUGAGAGAACCAACAACUGCCCAGAGAAGGCCGACUGCCCUGUGAACGUUUACUUCGUGCUGGACACCUCGGAGAGCGUGGCUAUGCAGUCCCCCACCGACAGCCUCCUGCACCACAUGCAGCAGUUCGUGCCGCAGUUCAUCAGCCAGCUGCAGAACGAGCUGUACCUGGACCAGGUGGCGCUGAGCUGGCGCUACGGCGGGCUGCACUUCUCGGAUCAGGUGGAAGUGUUCAGCCCGCCUGGCAGCGACCGCGCCUCCUUCAUCAGGAGCCUGCAGGGCAUCCGCUCCUUCCGUAGGGGCACCUUCACUGACUGUGCGCUGGCCAACAUGACUCAGGAGGUGCGGCGGCACGGGGGCCGUGGCGUGAACUUUGCCGUGGUCAUCACCGACGGCCAUGUCACCGGCAGCCCCUGUGGCGGCAUCAAGCUGCAGGCCGAGCGGGCCCGCGAGGAGGGCAUCCGGCUCUUCGCUGUGUCCCCCAACCGCAACCUCAACGAGCAGGGCCUGCGGGACAUUGCUAGCACGCCCCAUGAGCUGUACCGCAGCAACUACGCCACCAUGCGGCCCGACUCCCCCGAUAUCGACCAGGACACCAUCAACCGCAUCAUCAAGGUUAUGAAACACGAAGCCUACGGAGAGUGCUACAAGGUGAGCUGCUUGGAGAUCCCUGGGCCGCCAGGCCCCAAGGGCUACCGUGGACAGAAGGGUGCUAAGGGCAACAUGGGUGAACCAGGAGAACCAGGACAGAAAGGGCGACAGGGAGACCCCGGCAUCGAGGGGCCCAUUGGAUUCCCCGGACCAAAGGGUGUUCCUGGCUUCAAAGGAGAGAAGGGUGAAUUUGGAGCCGACGGCAGGAAGGGGGCUCCCGGUCUGGCUGGCAAGAAUGGAACCGAUGGACAGAAGGGCAAGCUGGGGCGCAUUGGCCCUCCAGGCUGCAAAGGAGACCCUGGGAACCGGGGACCCGACGGCUACCCAGGGGAGGCAGGAAGCCCCGGUGAGCAAGGAGACCAAGGUGCCAAGGGGGACGCUGGCCGCCCAGGACGCCGAGGGCCCCCAGGGGACAGCGGGGACAAAGGAAGUAAGGGAUAUCAAGGCAACAACGGAUCCCCUGGAAGCCCUGGCCUGAAAGGAGCUAAGGGUGGGCCAGGAUCCCGCGGCCCCAAAGGCGAGCCUGGACGCAGGGGUGACCCUGGAACCAAGGGCAGCCCAGGCAGUGAUGGUCCCAAGGGGGAGAAGGGAGACCCCGGUCCAGAAGGACCUCGGGGCCUGGCGGGAGAAGUCGGCAACAAAGGAGCUAAGGGAGACCGUGGCUUGCCUGGACCCAGAGGCCCACAGGGGGCUCUUGGGGAGCCUGGGAACCAGGGAUCUCGAGGAGACCCAGGUGAUGCAGGGCCACGUGGAGACUCAGGACAGCCGGGCCCCAAGGGAGACCCAGGCAGACCUGGAUUCAGCUACCCCGGACCCCGCGGGGCACCGGGCGAGAAAGGCGAGCCAGGCCCCAGGGGCCCUGAGGGUGGCCGAGGCGACUUUGGCAUGAAAGGAGGCCCCGGGAGGAAAGGAGAGAAGGGAGAACCGGCUGAUCCUGGCCCCCCAGGUGAACCAGGCCUUCGGGGGCCAAGAGGAGACCCAGGACCUGAGGGUGAGCCCGGCCCCCCGGGAGACCCCGGCCUCACGGAGUGCGAUGUGAUGACCUACGUGAGAGAGACUUGUGGCUGCUGCGACUGUGAGAAGCGCUGUGGCGCCCUGGACGUGGUGUUCGUCAUCGACAGCUCCGAGAGUAUCGGCUACACCAACUUCACGCUAGAAAAGAACUUCGUCAUCAACGUGGUCAAUAGACUGGGGGCCAUUGCCAAGGACCCCAAGUCAGAGACAGGGACGCGUGUGGGCGUGGUGCAGUACAGCCAUGAGGGCACCUUCGAGGCCAUCCAGCUGGAUGACCCACGCAUCGACUCCCUGUCCAGCUUCAAGGAGGCUGUCAAGAACCUCGAGUGGAUUGCAGGUGGCACCUGGACACCCUCAGCCCUCAAGUUCGCCUACAACCAGCUCAUCAAGGAAAGCCGGCGCCAGAAGACGCGUGUGUUUGCUGUGGUCAUCACGGAUGGGCGCCACGACCCCCGGGAUGACGACCUGAACCUGCGGGCGCUGUGUGACCGCGACGUCACCGUGACGGCCAUCGGCAUUGGGGACAUGUUCCAUGAGAGGCAUGAGAGCGAGAACCUCUACUCCAUUGCCUGUGACAAGCCACAGCAGGUGCGCAACAUGACACUCUUCUCUGACCUGGUGGCCGAGAAGUUCAUCGACGACAUGGAGGAUGUGCUCUGCCCAGAUCCACAGAUUGUGUGCCCGGAGCUUCCCUGCCAGACAGAGCUAUACGUGGCCCAGUGCACACAGCGGCCAGUGGAUAUCGUCUUCUUGCUGGACGGCUCCGAGCGACUGGGGGAGCAGAACUUCCACAAGGCCCGACGCUUCGUGGAGGAAGUGUCACGGCGACUGACACUGGCCCGUGGGGACGACGACCUGCUAAACGCCCGCCUGGCCCUGCUGCAAUACGGCAGCCAGCGUGAGCAGCAGGUGGCCUUCCCACUGACCUCCAACCUCACGGUCAUCCAUGAGGCGCUGGACAGUGCCAGCUACCUCAACUCCUUCUCGCACGUGGGUGCAGGCAUUGUGCAUGCCAUCAACAACAUUGUGCAGCGCGCACAGGGCGGGGCACGCCGUCAUGCUGAGCUGUCCUUCGUGUUCCUCACGGAUGGUGUCACAGGCAACAACAGCCUGGAGGAGUCUGUGCAUUCCAUGCGUAAGCAGAACGUGGUUCCCACGGUGGUGGCCGUGGGCGGCGACGUGGACAUGGACGUGCUGUCCCAGCUCAGCCUGGGCGACAGGGCCGCCAUCUUCCGUGAGAAGGACUACGACAGCCUGACACAGCCCGGCUUUUUUGACAGGUUCAUCCGCUGGAUCUGUUAGCCACACCCCCAGCCCCAUCCUGUCCAUGGUGCUAUCCUUACCAUAGCUCGGCGAGUCCCACGCGACCUUGACUCAAAGUCUGUUCCCCAGAGAGGCUGGAGGGGGGAGCCACGCCCCACAGCCCAUGCGCCCACCUCCCGCUGCUCCUACCUGGCAUCCCAGAACCCACCCACCAAGUCCCUCUCUGGCAUGGCUGGCCCCCACAGCCUCUGCUGCCCUGUAUCUCCCUCACCCCACAGCCCUUCCUAUAGCUCUUGCUGGCCCCUUCAGAAGCCCAGGCCCUGC